AUGCUGGAGAGAAUCCACCGAACCGAGGCCACGCGGCGGUUUGCAUGGUUCCAGCUCAUUGGGACCAUUAAUAUGAAGAUGCACGAUGGAUGCCAUCUUGCGUGUCAGGUGUCUUGGAACGAGUGGGCAGGGUUCGCCGACGGUCACGAGGGAGAUGAGAUGGAGCGUGAGGAAAAGGUGAGGGUGAAGUUGUGA